AAAAAAAAAAAGACACUCCCAAAUCCUCCCAACAUCGCAUUUAUUUCACAGUCACAAUGGGCCGCGAACUCCAGAAGAAGAAGCGCCGCUCCGGCCGCCCUGCCGUGCGCCAGUCAAACACCACCAAAAAGAUUCUCAAUCCUCGCGGCAACUCCGUCAUUGCGAAAAACUGGGAUAAGAAGGAAACGCUGGCACAAAACUACCGCCGACUGGGCCUCCUCGCACGACUAAAGACCCCCACCGGCGGCACUGAGAAGAAGCUCAAUUCAGCAUCAGCGGACGCCGUCGUGGCCACCUCUAAAUCCGAUCCCUUCGCCAUCACCGUCACUGAAAAGGCCCUCCUCUCCGAGGCCAAGGUCGAGCGCGACGCCCAAGGCAACAUUGUCCGCAUCCUAGGCCGCAAGGCGAACCCCCUCAACGACCCUCUCAACGAAAUUGAGUCGUCAGGCGAGGAAGACAACGGUGACGACCACGAAGAAUGGGGCGGUAUUAAUGACGACGGUGUGGGCACGACAGAUGUGGUCAAGUCGCUCAUCGAAGAGGCUAAGAACCCGGCGCCGCCAAAGGUCCGAUACUUGAGCGAGCGCGAGACGGAGUGGCUGGAGAGGCUGGUCGCCAAGUACGGAGACGACACGAGGGCCAUGGCGAGGGAUCCUAAGCUCAACCCCAUGCAGCAGACGGCGGCGGAUAUUGCGAAGCGACUGAAGAAGUUGAGGGCGUGAGAGCAUAACACGGAUGUGGGAGUGAUUCAUACUGGGUUCCUGUUUCUGUUUCCAGCAAAUGUAUAUGGGAUGCAAAGACCAAGACGGUGCAUUUUAAAUCACGGCGUUGGGAGGAUGUUAUUUGAAUAUCAAGACGGAAAGGAUUUACUUUUCUUCAGCAUUUCCGAAAUGGAAUCUCAGCUACGAUAUUUUCUUGAUAAUGCAAAGAUUACAACAAGAAAAUGAAAAUGAAAAUGAAAAAGAACUACAAAUUACAUUUCGUGUGCAGUUUCCGGCCGUUCUAUAUACACCUGGUAUCUCAUCAACGUUUCAUCAUGUUGCAGAUGUCCAAACAAGAGGAAAAAAAAUCGGGAUGCCGUCAACGCCGCAGAGAUAUUCUACCCAAGCAAACACAAGCAUCCAGGCCCACCAGAGACCGUCCCCAGGGUUAUUUAGUUUGGUUUGGUUUUUGUCCAAGUCAUUGAUAGUGCCCGCUACCGUCGUCGUAUAUCUUUGUCUUUGUGCCUGCCAAUGUGCUUUUCCCCUUUUCAGUGCUCUAUCCUGUCAUAGUCGGCAGACGGGAACUGCACCGGGCCGUCAGCAUAGGUGUCUGAGUGGUUGCCGCUGUAUGGGCCGGGCGAGGGUGUCUUGUGUUUGCCAAAGUCGGUGCCGAGGUUGCUGCCGUGGUACUCGGUCUCGCUGUCAAAAAUGGGGUUGCUGUUGCUUCGAGGGGGGAGAGCACCGUAGCGGUUGGGGUCAUCAAAGUCGUCGGCAUUGUAGGGGGUGUUGUCACCGUAGCGGCUGUUCAUGCUGGUGUGGUGGUCGUCGUAGCCUGGGGCAUCGUGGUCAUCCAUGUUGACUCGCUCGUAAGCCUCCUCAUCGUGGGGCGCCAUGGAGAAAGCAGCCUUGUCAGGGUCGAUGUUGUCGCUACCGCCGAUCUUGCGGCUGUCGUAGCCGGGAAGAGUGCCGUGGAAGUUGUAGUACUGCAGGGUGUAGGCACUGAGGAAGCCAGU